UGGGGCGGUGGCGGUUGGCUGCCUGGGGACGGGUCCCUGGUCUUGCCCGUCAGGGUAGCUGGCGGCCGGGGCGGCUCUCGGCACUGGGUUGUCAGUCCGUGAGCGGAGGGGGAAGAUGGCUCGCGGGGACCCGUUCUGCUAGGAAGAAGGGGGGCAGGUGGUGCUGCUUACUCGGGAGAAAGCAGAGCAGCCGCCGUCGCUGUCGCUGCGAGCCAGACAAGUCGAGGUUCUGGAGGUGGAGCCUGGAGAGCCGUUCUGGUUGAAGGUUUAGAACAGAUGUGGAAAGAUGUUCACUUCAGAGAAAGGGGUUGUGGAGGAAUGGUUGUCAGAGUUUAAGACACUACCAGAAACAUCUUUACCAAAUUAUGCUACAAAUUUGAAAGACAAGAGUUCUUUAGUUUCAUCUCUCUAUAAAGUUAUCCAGGAGCCACAAAGUGAGUUGCUAGAACCUGUCUGUCACCAGCUCUUUGAAUUCUAUCGUAGCGGAGAGGAACAGUUGCUUCGAUUUACACUGCAGUUUCUUCCAGAACUGAUUUGGUGCUACCUUGCCGUCUCAGCCAGCAGAAAUGUGCAUAGCAGUGGAUGCAUUGAAGCUCUUCUCCUAGGGGUUUACAAUUUGGAAAUAGUUGACAAACAGGGACAUAGCAAAGUAUUGAGUUUUACGAUUCCAUCUUUAUCCAAACCAUCUGUAUAUCAUGAGCCUUCCAGCAUUGGGUCCAUGGCUCUGACCGAGAGCGCCCUAUCCCAGCAUGGCUUGUCAAAAGUUGUGUACAGCGGACCUCACCCCCAAAGGGAGAUGCUGACAGCACAGAAUAGGUUUGAAGUGUUGACAUUCCUUUUGUUGUGUUACAAUGCUGCCCUAACUUAUAUGCCCCGUGUUUCUCUUCAAUCACUGUGUCAAAUUUGUUCAAGAAUCUGUGUUUGUGGAUAUCCUCGACAACAUGUAAGAAAAUACAAAGGUAUAAGUAGCAGGGUACCGGUUUCUUCAGGAUUCAUGGUGCAAAUGUUAACAGGAAUUUAUUUUGCCUUUUAUAAUGGAGAAUGGGAUCUAGCUCAGAAAGCAUUGGAUGAUAUUAUAUACAGAGCCCAGCUAGAAUUAUAUCCAGAGCCAUUGCUGGUUGCCAAUGCAAUACAGGCUUCGUUACCUCAUGGUGCCAUGAAAUCUAGUAAGGAGGGUACAAGGUGUAUUCAAGUUGAAAUCACACCAACUUCUUCCAGAAUAUCGAGAAAUGCAGUAACCAGCAUGUCAAUUAGAGGUCAUAGGUGGAAAAGACACGAGCAACCUGACAACAAUAAUGAUACUACUGAAUUGGGCAUCCUUGUCAUUCCUGAGAUUAGUGUCACAAAUGUGGCCGGAGAGAGGACCGGGAAUGGGGAAAAAGGCAGAACACUAGGAGAGAUUGAUGCUCAGCAUAUACAGGGUGUACAGGAAACAACCACAGAUCCUAGAACUGAGAGCAAAGGCUUGCCAGAGAUCAGGAGGCAAAAAUCUGUAAGAAAAAUGAUGGAGGAUGGAAUAAACUCACCUGGCAGAGUGCAGUUUUAGCAGAGCACUUUAUAGCUGCACUCCAAGGAAAUACAGAAUUAACAGGUCAAGAAGAACUGAUGGAGAUAUCUGAAGUUGACGAGGGAUUUUAUUCCAGGGCUGCGUCUAGUAUCAGCCAGUCGGGUUUAUCAAACAGUAGUCAAAAUUGUAGUAACAAGGCAAGUGUAGGAAAGACUCAGAGACGGUCAGGAGGAAACAAAACUGGAGGAAAAGAAAAAGAAACUGCAGGGGAGUCUUGCAAAGAUCACUUUGCUCGAAAACAAACUCAGAGAGCCCAAAGUGAGAAUCUCGAGCUUCUCUCCUUGAAGAGACUUACAUUAACAACCAGCCAAUCUCUGCCUAAACCUAGUAGUCAUGGUUUGGCUAAGACCGCUGCGACCGUAUUCAGUAAAUCCUUUGAACAAGUUAGUGGUGUCACAGUCCCAUAUAACCCAUCAUCUGCUGUUGGCUGUGGGACUGGGUCAGAUAGCAAUAGGUUUUCUGCUUGCAGUCUGCAAGAAGAAACGCUUAUUUACGUUUCUGAAAGGACUGAACUUCCAAUGAAGCAUCAAACAGGUCAGCAGAGACCUCCUAGUAUUAGCAUUACUUUGUCCACAGAUUAAUUUGUAAGGGUUUUCUCACGUAACCAGUGAAUCAGAAAAUACGACUUUGCUUCUUCAUGAAAGUUCCCAGGGUCGUCUUUCAUCCCUGUUCCUGACAGGAGCCCUGAUGUCUUAAAUUCUGAAGGCUACCUUGACUUUAUGAAGGGAAUAAUGUCUAGGUUGCAGUAAGUUGAAAUAUGGUUUUGUUAUUUCUUGGUUGGUUGUUUUCCCCUUGGCUUGAGUCUUUUUUUUUUUUCUUACUUUCUUAUUUGUUUCUGUUGCCCUGAGAUUGUCAGUGUGACAAUACAUUUUGGCAGGCUGUCUGAUCAGAUUGGUUACAGCUAAUGAGAGGUUAUGGGUCUUUUUCUUUAAUAACUCCUAUUUUGGUAGCUGUAUGUUUGGCCUUCAGUGUAAGAGGGAAUCUCCUUGCAUGAGAACAGUUUUUUCAAGGAUGAGGCUGUGGUACAACUCCAGGAAUUCUACAGCUGGCUGUUCAGCAAGCCAGUCUGAAAAACAGGCAUGGGAAAAAACAAAACUGAUAUGUAAGAAAAGUGCCUGCUAAAAAUGUUUGUAACCAGACCAUCUUUAAGAUUAGUAGAACAGUUUAUAUAAAGCACUGGAAAAUGCCUGGUAACUCUGUAACCUAAAAUAUUAUAUGAUUCCAGGGGAUGGGAAGAGGGGUUUCCAUUGUUAUCUUUGGAACAUGUUUAUAUCAGAAAUCAGACUGCUAGUACAUGUGUUGUUUUGAAGUGUUUGAUCUGGAUUUAGCAGGUGAAAAUCCCUUUCGGUUCCUAAGAUGUAAUAGGCCAUAAAAGUGACUUACCCUGCUGCUGGACUUCGGAAAUCCUACUUAGUUUGGAUUCCCACAAUUCAGAGCACACAUCAUUGAAGACUUCCUGGAAAUCACUGAAUUUUGCAACCCAUCUCUCAAGAUACCAGUGUUUACCAUAUUGAAUUGUUUGUCUACAAAUGAAGGAAAUUAGGUAAAUUUUUCAUCUAUAAAAUAUCAUUGAAAGAAAAUAAAAAUAGUGAAAUAUGGACAAAGGACAUUUAUAUAUUGACUAAUUUAGGGUUAUAUAUGUUUGUGUUCUUAAAUUUAAAAUUUUAAGUAUGAAAAAUAUUAAGUGUGUUUCUUGUUUUGUGAACAGGCCUAUUUGAAAUGUUCUUGUUAUGAUAGAAAGAAUAAUCAAUGUAGUUGCUCCCAACCAAAAAAUAAAAAUAAAAAGGCAAUAUGGCAGAAGCUAAACAAACUUGUAUGUAGCUAUAGAGAAUCAGGUGACCUCCAGAUGGAUGUAAAAAUUUGAUGUUUGCUAGUGGUGGUCAUUUCAGCUAUGGUUGAGGUUCCUUAUAAAUCAAGUAUACUUAAGUAAUAAUCUAGGGUAAGAGAGAGAAAGCAGGGUUGAGGAUGAGAGAGUAAGUUGACUGGAGAGGAAGAUGUAGGGAGCUGUCCCCUUGUUAGUGGUUAGUACACAGUGGUUUCCUUAUUCACAGUCUUUAGCUGUGGUCACACAGAGAAAAUGCUAGUUUUCCUCUUGUACCUGCUUAUGCAGAGCUCAAAUAUGUGAAAAAUUUGUUAUGUCUUGAAGACUGCUAAAGCAUUUUCACUAUGAAUGGAGUUUUGACCAUAACUGCUUUGGCUAUCGUUUUAAAUCCAGUUCUUCAAAAAGCAAGAACUAGUUUUUAUUCAGUAACCCUGAAUAAAAUAUGGUUUUUAACAUAAGUGAAUUUGAUUUUUUUAGUGCCAGUGAUAGAAAUGGAAUAAGAUCUAUUGGCAUACAUUGUAGGAAAAAAAAAAAAAGCAAAGCAACCAGACAGUGAAAGUUGAUAAAGUAUUAAUUUAAUAGAAAUCCUGUGUACAAUUUAAAUCCUGUGUACAAUUACUGUGAAUUUCCUAUUGUCUUUUUGUAAUUCUUUAACAAAGAAUUUCCCCUAGGCAUAGCUACUAACAAUAUUAAUAAUAGUCUUAAGAACUAAUUUAAAAGAUUGGCAUUGGAGGCAAGUUAAGGUGCUUAGGAAACAUUGUAGAAUAAGUCUGAGGAAACAUUAGCUGGCACAAAUCAGAGAUCAGAUUUUAAUGUUCAGCUGUUGUAAUGGAACCUCAUUUUGUUACUAUUCUAGAUCAUUGCUAUUAUAAAUCAUUGUGGUCUGAGGACCAGUAAGGAACAUUGGCAUUACCUGCCAUCUUGUUAAAAACGCAGAAUUUCAGAGCCACCUUAGAUCUACUGAAUCAUAAUCUGCCGUUUAAUAAGAUCUCAGGUGAUUAUUAUGUACAUUAAAGUUUGAGAAGACAGUAUCAAAGUGCAAAUAAAUCACUUAUCUAAUAUUUAGAAUUCUCAGUGGUCUCACAACCCUAGAUCAAAUAUGUUGGAUACUGGAUCAUUAUAAUCUUCAUUGUUUUUAAAGCUAAUUAAUUUUUUAAGAGUGUCAACUGACUUAAGUCCCCUAAUUCUAAAUUUUUAAUGAAUCUCAUUUAUUUUUACAAUAAAAAUGUUAACAUUUUAUAUUCUUCUAUUAUUUGAAAGUGGAAUCAGAGCUGUAGAUGCCUACAAUUUUAAGUAUGAAAGGGGUACCACCCUUUUACACAAUGCACAACAAAUCUGCAUGUGUUUUUUCUUUUAAAAACCCUGAAGGCUUACUCAAAGGAGUGGUUCUGAAUUUUUGCUCCAAGUAAUUUGUCCCAGUUGAUUUUCUGGAAUGUGGAGUUACGUUAACAGUAAAAUUCUUUCGUAGUACCUUUGAUACUAUUUCAAAUAAAGAUUAUACACUUGAAAAUUUUUAUAGCAGUUAUUAAUACUGGGUAAUGCUAACUGUGGUAACAAUGGUAGUUAUCCCUACUCUUCUUGUCCCACUCACUUUCCCAAAUUUGAAAGUUGGAGUGGCUUUUGUAGGUCAUUUUCUUAUGAAGAUGCUGAUGUGACCAUUUGGUCACAGAACUUCUGUAUAUCCAGAGUAAUACCUUUUACCACAAGAAGGAUUCUGCACAAAACUGGGGCCUUGCACCCCAUAGCUCAGAGGAUCUGCGCAGACAUUGUAGUCCCAUUCCACAUUUUAAACCUCUAAAAGAUUCUUGAAAUUACCCAACUUCUCACUCUUCAGAUACCCGACUACCUGGGAUAUUCUAGUGAAGCUGAGUGCCAGCUUUUCCGUUUUAGAAUCCAAGUGGAGAGAGAAACAAAGACUUCAGGGGAGUGUCCCAGGGCAGGUGAGCACCCUGGAAUCCCUUAUUAUACCACCAUGGAACUUUUAAAGGCAGCUCUGUAGAUUUGAAGAGUAGAAAUUCUCAGUCCUUAAAUGAUUUCAGUGUGUUUUGAAAAAGCAAUAUUUCAUUGCUCUUUUCAAUUAUGAAGUAACUGCUUAGCAAACAUUAUUCAAUAAUAAUUAUAAAAAUUAUUAUUAACUUUUAAAGACAGAAAGUUAAAAUAAAGGGAAAUAAAAUUUUUAAACCAAAAUAGAUGAAAAAUGAUCCCAUUUUUAAGGGAUUUUGUCUAUUUUGGAAGAAUAAAAUUAAAGUGUUGAAACCUUUAAAUUGUAAAGAAAAAUACACCCUGAGACCUAAUUUUCAGCAGGUAUUUAAAGUAAGGCUAUUUAACGUUUGAGUCUAUAGGCACAGUAAGUCUACACUUUAUUAAAGGGAAGCACAUCAAGGAAAUAUAUAUGUUAAAUAAUGUAACUGAAAAAAUAUUUUUUAAAAAGCCAUUUAAAAAAAUAAUUUGAUGGGUACUUAAAUUAAUCAUUGUAGAUAGAAGUUAAUGUAUAAUAGUGUCUUCCCAAUCUUUGGAUAAAAAAUAAACUCUCUAGUCCUUUAAUUAGCAUGAAUUUAUACUUUUAGAUUAAUUGCUUAGUAAAAUUAUACCCAAUACUUUGAGUUAUUCACAUUUAUAUUUAAUAUUGUUAAAUUCUUCAUCAGAGAACAGAAAUAUGUUGUCUUCUGUAUUUUGUAACUUGUGCAUACCUAAAGAGAUUAGCAGUGAACGUUUUAGAAGAUGCUUUUGUGUUUUUUAAUAGAGUUCUAGAGUACUUAUGUCUUGAUAUGAAGUUUCUACUAGUAAACUCAAGGUCCUAUUUCACAUACUGUUAUUUUCUCUUAUGUGGAGUUUAUUGUGUACCUCUUAUCUUUAUUUCUAAUCACGUAGUGAUACUAAUCUUUUCAUAGUAAAUUGACUUGUUUCUAAUUGUGUUCCUAGAGUUUACAUUCCUAAAGAAUAAAUUACAACUUUGGAUAUUUUUAUGUGCUCUCUACCUUUUUAAGGCUAUGGAAAUAAACUGGAGUUUAGUUUUUUGAAGAUUUGUGUAUUUGUGUAAAUGUUCUCCAUAUGCAAUACUUUAUACAGCAGUGUUGCCUCUUGUUUUAAUGAAAUAAAAACUGAAAAAAUA